AUGGAUAAAAGGUACAAAAAAGGUAUUCUCGUUGCUGGUGGACAAGGUUUAGGAGCUGGACUCAAUCAAUUGACAUUUCCUCUGGGAGUGAUUGUCGAUCAAUUCGAUUUUGUCUACGUGGCUGACGGGCACAAUCAUAGAAUAAUGCGGUGGACGAAAGGAGCUGCAAAAGGCUCUAUUGUGGUUGGUGGGAAUGGACAAGGAAAGGAACCAAAUCAACUUGAUACUCCUGAAGAUUUAUCGUUCGAUGAAGAAUAUAAUCUUUAUGUGAACGAUGCUGAAAAUCGUCGAGUACAAAAAUUUGCUGUGGAUUUAAACUGA